GAAAACAUAGAAAUAGUCAACAAACCCACAGUUUCCCUCCUUUGCUCUCGCCAAUGUCGACGAUUCUCGAUUCACUCGCCCUCUCUUCCAUUUUUUCCUCUUCUCCUUCUAAUAUCCGACCAGCCCUCCGCCCCUCGCCGCCGUUGUCCGCCACAUGGGACCGCCGUUCCCCUCUCAAAUACACCGCUUUUAAAUCCUGUACCCCUUUAAAGCAAGUUUCACUUUCGUCUUCUUCAACAAGUUGUUGUCGCUCAAGUAGCGUCUCCGGCGAAGCUUCUGAUGUUGCUUUCGAUGUUCCUUUUGUGACAGAGGAAACAUGGGAAUCACUUGUUCUCAACUCUACUGAACCCGUGGUGGUUGAGUUUUGGGCUCCCUGGUGUGGACCAUGUCGCAUGUUCCAUCCAGUGAUUAGCGAUCUGGCCAAGCAAUAUGCAGGGAGGGUUAGCUGCUUCAAAUUGAACACUGACGACAGUCCUCCUGUAGCGACCAGAUAUGGAAUCCGGAGCAUCCCAACGAUAAUGAUCUUUGUCGAUGGAGAGAAGAAAGAUGCAAUAAUAGGAGCUGUACCCAAAACCAGUCUAACUGCCAGCAUAGACAAAUACUUGUAAAAGCUGUUAAAUGGUAAGCCCAAAGCUAUACUUGGUUUUGUUGUCAUAGUGAUCCCAGAUUUUCCAUUCCUGGUUAUAAUAUCGGUAAAAACUUACUCACCCGCACCUGGUGUUUAGCCCAAGCAAAUGAAUGCAUGUUACGCUCUUGAUGCUGAUGGUCCUGUACUAGAUUUGUGCCAAUUAAAUGAAAUUCCAUUUUUUUGCCUCUGGCCC